AUGAUCCUGAUUCCUUCACUCCCUCUCCUUCUCCUGUGUACGGUGAGAGUGUCCUCCUCAGAGCUGAAAACCUGUGAAGAAGCCCAGAAAACCUGCUCCGUGAUCAACUGCAGUGUUCCAGGCAGAGAUGGGCGAGAUGGAGCCAAAGGAGAGAAGGGAGAACCAGGUCAAGGGCUCAGAGGCUUACAGGGCCCUCCAGGGAAAGUGGGGCCUCCAGGAAAUACAGGGUUUCCUGGACUUCCAGGGAUAAAAGGCCACAAAGGAGAUCCUGGAGACAGUUCAGUUACUGAGACCAAAGUGGCCAACUUGGAGAGAGAGAUAAACAUCCUGAAAUCAGAAUUGGAACACACCAAAAAGUUGCUACACUUCUCUUUGGGCAAAAAGUCUGGAAAGAAGUUCUACGUGACCAACGGUGAAAUGAUGCCUUUUUCUAAAGUGAAGUCCCUGUGCAGGGAGCUCCGGGCCACUGUGGCUGCCCCCAAGGAUGCUGAGGAGAACAGGGCCAUCCAAAAUGUGGCCAAUGACAACGCCUUCCUGGGCAUCACAGAUGAAGUGACUGAAGGCCAGUUCAUGUAUGUGACAGGAGGGAGGCUGACCUACAGCAACUGGAGGAAGGAUGAGCCUAACAACCAUGGCUCAGGGGAGGACUGUGUGAUUAUACUGAAGGAAGGGAUCUGGAAUGACAUCUCCUGCUCAGCCUCCUUCCUGGCUGUCUGUGAGUUCCCAGCCUGA